AUGAAUAAUCGAAGCAACACGUCAUUCCUCUUUCCUACGACCAAUGCAGUUAACUUGCAGUAUUUUCUAAUGAUGUUGGGUACUCUUGUUGUAGUCGUCAACUUCUUUUCGGCUGCUGCUUUACUUCGUUGCAAAAACAUGGAAGCAAAACUGAGACAGUUCGCCGUAUGUCUGACAGUGAUUGAUAUUUGUGUUGGCUUUCAUCUUAUAUUCAUGGUGGUUAAUUACGCUAAUAAUCUCAUGCAGAACAAAGUGUCCUGCUAUAUUGUCUUGAUGAUGCCCCGGUUCACAGCAUACGUAGGCAUGUUCACCACAACUGCCUUUGCGAUAGACAGAUUUGCUAGUAUAUACCAUUGGCACAGCUCAUAUGCCACAAAGAAGAAAACCAAGGCAUUCUGUAUCGCAGUGUGGCUUAUAUCCCCUGUUAUUACAAUAAUGUCAUUCCUUGGAAAAAGCUACGGAUGUAUCUCACAGGACCAGAUAGAUCAUGAUCGUGAAACCAACGCUCUCUUUAUGAUAAUCCCGAUGACAAUAUGUUUUGUUGUCAUUUCCUUGUGUUAUGCUGCGGUGUAUAUUAAUAUUAGAAAACAUUUAAAGAAAACAAAAGACCUAGGAGUAAGUAUGAAAGAGUACACUUUGACAAUGUUUCAAUCUACUGUUGUAAUCGGUGUGGUCAUCCUUUCCUACUUUGUGUGCUAUGGUCCCAUCUGCAUCCUGAAGAUAUACAAUUACGUUGAUCCAGAUACCAUUGUCGCUACUCGCACUCUCAGGAACGUGACGCAGGUCAUUUAUGUUAUGAACAGCUUAAUUGAUCCAGUUAUCUACUCUGUUCGAUUCAAAGAAUGUCGUCUGGAACUGAAGAAAAUAUUUUGCUAUUUCAGUAAAAGCACAAGAAAAGAUAUUCUUUACAAGAAGAAGAUAAUGCAAGCACCUUUUCUUGAAAAUGGGACGAGAAAAAUCUCACAUUCGCCAAAACCGGAACAUCGUGUCGUGGAAUCCUCUAAUGACGACUUUAUACCAGCUAAUGUGUCUUCUGAAGAAAUACAUUGUGUCAAAUUCACUGUCCCGCCAUUAUCUCUUGAUACUUCUAUCUAUGACAUUCGGUGUUUUGUUGUUUCUGUCGGCCUGUUCUGUGUUCAAAAUGUAAUACCACGGCGUCUCAACCCAACAACAUAUUGGCAUAAUCCCGACGUAUCCUGUGAAAAAAGUGUAAAGAAAGAUGUCCUUGACGUCAGCGGUUCGAAUUUGGGACAUCAAAUUGAUUAUAUGUGUGCUGAAGUUACCAACAUUCAAGAUUCUCUGUCUGCCUCCAACUCCAAUAUUCUCUCAAACCAGGUUUCAUUUCACCCGUCCGUUCCGGAGUCCAGUCGCACAAUGUCCUUUGCUCAAGAUUUUGAUUUCGUCCUUAAUUCAACCGUCACGUCAAGCCAGGCUUAA